CUUUACAAGGGGUAAACCAUUUCACUCCUCUUCGCCACGCUGUGUAACAGGCAACGGGAGAAAAAGCUCCCCGAGUGCUGCUGGAAGUUGAUGGCUAUGUGUGAUGCUCAGACCUCAACAUCGUUUUUCAAUCAGAGUUUUUAAGAUCUGCAUAUGCCAAUGGUUUUACCACACGUAGAAUGGGAUUAACUUGGUCCGGCAAAUAUAUCUCACUGUUUCUUGCUGUUCAGUUAGUUUAUCUGCUACAUGUGGUGAGAGCAACGGGGAAAUGUGAUACAGUAUUCAAAGGUUUCUCCAAUUGCUUGCUGAGACUGGGGGAGAAUAUGGCUAACUAUCCACAGGAGCUGGAUGAGAAGGAAAACCUACAGACCAUCUGCACAUAUUGGGAUGACUUCCACUCAUGUGCGACCACUGCGCUGGUGGAUUGCCAAGAGGGAGCCACAGACCUAUGGGAGAAGCUCAAAAAGGAGUCCAGAAACUUAGAGUUCCGAGGGAGCUUGUUUGAACUCUGUGGCGGGGGGAACGGGGCCUCCAAAUCCACAGUCGCUUUAGGUCUCAUCAUACUUCUAACGGCACUUUCUGCCUUAGUGACUUGGCUUGCAUUUUAGCAAAAACAAACAAAGAAGAAGAUAAAGGGGAAAAAAUGCUAGCUAUUGACACAAAAAUACAAAACAAAAGAGACGUUUGAA